AUGCCACAGCCUUCGCUCACACUCAAACAGAGGCUUGCAAACCUCUCUCAGGCUGCGUCUGGAUCGUCUUCUUCACCUGCGACUGCGGGUCAGAAACCUGCACUGCGUUCCGUGAACUUCGGGGCAAUUGGAUCUGCAUUUGCAAGACGGAGGGCAAGCUUCAACGCGCCAUGGUCUACCGCGGGGUCGAAAGCGGCUUCGAGGAAUAGUGAAUCCAAUGGUGAUUCGAGAAAAGUUGACGAGGUGCUAUCACAAAUGAUAUUCCAAGCCGGAGUUGACUAUGAGUUCGUGACCUUGGUCGUCAUGAACGCAUCUGCUUUCCCAGACCCUCGCACUACUUCAUAUGAUCUGCUGCUCUCUCGUAUAUUGUCUUACCUCGACCUGUUUGUUGAGAGCGACUACACGAUUGUCUUCUUCGCUGCUGGGGGUCAUCAUACUCCAACUUGGAACUGGGUAUGGAAAGCAUACCGUAGUCUCAGCCGAAAAUACCGCAAAAAUUUAAAGCGCUUGUAUAUCGUGCAUUCGUCGUUUUUCUCGAAGAUGCUGUUCUCUCUUGCUGGCGCUAUUAUUAGCCCUAAAUUCUUUCGAAAAAUAACAUAUAUUGAUACACUGUCAUCCCUUGCUUGUCAUGUCCCCCUGACUCAGAUAGACAUCCCGCCUACGGUCUAUUCGGAGAAUCUGAAGCACGAGUCUCAGAUUGAACUACCUACACCCACCCAUUCACGUAUGUUUGGGGUGUCACUGGAAGAACUGAUGGGAUUCGAAGGUGAAAAGGACGGCUUGCCAAGGGUCGUUAGGGAUUGCAUACAGUAUCUUCAAGAAACGGGUCUCGAAGAUGAGGGACUGUUUCGGCGUUCACCAAACUCGGUUCAACUUCGACACGUACAAGAAGCGUAUAAUCGAGGCCAGACUGUAUCUUUGCAAAGCUUCGGCGACCCGCACCUCGCUGCGGUUCUUCUGAAGAAAUUCCUACGCGAUCUACCAGAGCCUGUCUUUCCCGAGAGUUUGUAUGAUACGAUUAAGCGGUGUCCUAAUUCACGGGAUGACCAUGACGACAUGUCUGCGGUUCUGUUCAUCCGAACGACACUCCUUCCGGAGUUACCACCAUGCAAGCUAAUUUUACUCAGUAAUAUCUUAUUACUCCUUCACGAGGUUUCUUUGCGGUCGGAGAAGAAUCGCAUGGAUGCACACAAUUUGGCUAUAGUCCUUACCCCGAAUCUCGUAGCUUCUGGCAAUCCCCUUAAAGACGUGGCAAUUUGCGCUGUGGAAGGUGCUCCUGAGCCACUUUCACCGCGUUCUCGAAGCACAGAGACUCCUUUCGGUGUUGUUGAGGGGACCAAAGGCGCAGGCCGAACAACGCUUGGUACAAUCAUCAGACUAUGUAUCCAGCGGUAUUUCGAAGUAUUUGACGAAGUUGUCGACCGAUCAGACGCAGUUGAGGCUGAUCCGUUUAGAGUGGGAGAGCCUGAGGAAGUGGACAUACCGUCAAGUAGCUCGUCCUCGCCAGAGCUGUCUUCGAGUCCGACAACUACGAAGCGCCAGUCACUUUUGCAUGAUGAUGAGAGCAUUGACGAUACAAUGCUAGUCAUGCCCGUUGGACCGAAUGGGACUGGCAAUGGGUCGAGUCCAACGAUGCGACGAUUUCCUGGUAGCGGUUCAAGGGGACAGCUACCGCGUGAGUGGCCACCAAGGACGGGUGGAAGGAGAGAUAGAGACGUCCACUCCUUUACCUCCAGUGAAGACCGACAUGGGCGAAGCCCGGGAGGAGGAAGUCUGAGCGGGACGAUGAGUAGAACAAAGGCUCGAUCACUGUUCGCCCCUGCUACAGAUGGAGUGACCAUGAUGGACCGUCGGGCUGCAGUACCGACAAGUGUGAGUGCGAGCGGAACAUUACGCAAAGCGCCAGGAGCAGCUGUUACAGCGCAUAGCAUUACUGCGUCAGGUUUCUUUACGCCGCCUGAGUCAAUGCCUUCCCUUAGCGAGCGGGUAGUCCAGAGUACUCCUCAAUCGUCGUCACCGUUACCGCCGCCAUUGCACCCUCAGUCUGGGCAGAAGAGGAAUGGAUGA